AGAAAAACUAAAUUUUAUAUUAAGUUAAUAAUAUAGUCUUUAAAUAUUUAAUAGUGUUUUUAGUCAAUAAUGGAAGACAUUAAUGAGGUAAAUAGAGUUCAAUUGAAAAUAGUAUAGCCCCAUCCUGGCCCAACUGAAGAUAAUAGCUAACUAAGCGAAAUCAUUUCAUAUUCGGGAACUGUAGUUUCUGAUAAAUUCACUCUUAGCGAAACGCUAUCUCAUUCACCUGAAAAGUAGAGUAAGUAACAAUAUCUUUUUAAGUAAGGGUCUUUGGGGCUAUAAUAGUAAAAAUCUAAAAAGAUUAAUGCUAGCAGCUAAAGAAUAUUAAAUUAAAAAUCAUAAUCCUUUAUGAUAACGCAAGAAGAUGAUAAAUUAUCUUAACAAGAUACUCCGAAUUUACGUGUAAAGUCUCAGUCUAAUAUCCAUGAAAAUAUAUCUAUUAAAGAAGAUAGCUAAGAAAAAUUCUAGUCUGUGAAUAUUGAAACCAAGCAAUAAUAACUUAAAAUUUAACCUUAUUUCAGCUAGAUCCAACCAAAUUAGAAGGUUUAACCUCCUAACUUAUUCUUAUAGAAUAGUGCUCAUAAUUAAAGUAUAAGCUUUACUAACAACAAUAACAACAAUCAUCAUCAUAGAUAAGCAAGUAGUCUAUCAACUUUUUCAUUUUAGCAUCUUCUUCCAAAUUAAACUGCAAUAUUUAAAAAUGAGUCUCAAAUAAGUUAAUCGCCUCCAGCUAAAUAUGGAAUUAAUGACGAAUUAGUUUCUGAUUUCAUAAAAUUAUAAGAUGAUUAAGAUAAUCUGUAUGUUGUACCUCAUCCGACUUACAAAAUUGGUUAUGAAGAUAAUACAGCUAAUAAAAAUUUAAGAGAUUAAUUUACAACAUAUAAUAAAGGGAAUGUGUAAGGAUCAUAAAAUUCUAAAUUUUAAUUAAGCAUAUUCCAAACAGAGCAUCUAGGUUCUCAUUCAGAUGACUAGAUAGACUAUACAGAAAAUAAUUUUACAAACAACAAUAAUAAAAGUAUUAAUGAACUUAAUGAUGAUGAAAUAAGCAAAUCUUAUGCUAAUCACCAUAAUGCUACCAAUCAGCAUACCUCAGAGAUAUCAUAAACUACUAUGAACUUGGUUACUGAUUACGAAAUGAAAGAGUUGUGUAAUUCAAACAGAAAAAGAAGGUAAAAAAAUAUAUCUCGUAUCCAACUAACUAAUGAAGAUCUAGUUGAAAUGGAUUAAGAAGAUGAUGAUGAAGAAGGAGGAGGAGAUUAUGAUGACCAAGAUGCCGAGAAUAAAGCUUAAAAAGAAGUUAAAGAGGAACUUGUUAAUAAAGAAAAGAACGUUGACUAGAUUUAGUUUGAUUAAAAAAAAGCAUUAAAUGCAGCUGGUAGCAUCAUCAGUGGUUAAAGCAAAUCUCCAGCUUUAAAGAAUAGUUCUAUAAAUUAUUUUUCCAAUAUAAAAAAUGUGGCUUCAAAAAUUUCAGGUGAGAGCGAAUUACCUAAAUUUAAAAGUGAAAUUGCUGGAAACAGUGUAAGCUAAAGAAGAGAUGAUUUUUCAAACCUCCAAUUGAUGAAUUAUAAAAGUAAUUUAGAUAGCUAAUCUAAUCAAUAAGAUUAUGAUGAUGAGAGUAAUAAUAAACGCGAAAAAAGUAAGUCGAUUGCCCUGAAUGUUAUUCAUGCUCUUUAAAAAGCGAGGUAGAAGCACUUGGAGAUAGCAAGAGCUGAUAAAUAAACCAAAAUUAUGAACAGAGUCAAAGAUUUCAUUAGGAUACUGAAAGUCAGAUCUAAAUUGAGAACUCCUUCUCUCAUUUAAAAAAAAGUUUUGGAUGUAAUCAAUGAUUUAGUUUUUGUUAAUCGUCAAAACGUUAGCAGACUCAAAACCAGACACUCUUCAUUUAGAUUAUCUAGGGCUAUGCUUAAGUUUUAGAUGUUUUCUACUUAAUCCUUUUACUAAAUAUAUCACAAAGUAAAUAUUCCUCUGUUUCAUCCAUAGAGCAAAUUUAAAUUAAUUUGGGAUUUCAUACACAUAUUGAUUAUAAUUUUGAUAUUCAUUUAUAUUCCAAUAUAAAUUGUGACUGGUCAAAAUAUGGGAACAUUGAUAUAAAGAGAAGAUAGCUGGGGAGUUAUAAUUUUUUUUAUUUUUUUUUUCUUUAUUGUUGAUAUGCUAAUCACCUUUAAUACAGGAAUUUAUGACUAGGGAAUAGUUAAUGAAAACAGAAAAGAUGUUUCGUUAACAUAUAUAAAAAGAUAAAUGAUAAUAGAUAUUCUAUAUAUCAUUAGUAUCUUAAAAACCUAUUAUGAUAUGGAAUCUUAGUACAUUUUUUCUAUUAUAUGCUGUUUUAUUUUCCUUUUCAAAGUCUUAAAAGUUAUUAAAAUAGUCAAUAAUUUCACUGAUAUUUUACUUUCAAUAAGAAAUAAUACCAAAUUGUAUUACUUAGUUUAAUUGCUAAGUUUGCUAGGUACCAUUCUUUUUGUUGGACAUAUAUUUGGAUGCGCUUUUUGGAAAGCAGCUGAGCUAAAUAAUGACGAUUCAAGUAAAAAUUGGAUGAAGAAAAUCGGUAUUUAAGAUUCUUAGUGGUAAGACAAGUAUUUAUAUUCAAUUUACUAUUCUAUUACAACUAUGAUUACUGUUGGAUAUGGAGAUAUCACUCCCUAAAAUAAUACAGAAAUUCUUAUGGCUAUUAUAUAUAUGCUGCUAAGUAGUGUUAUCUUUGGAUAUAGCUUAAAUACGAUAGGAGGGAUAAUAAAAGAAAUAUAAAAAGAUGGUCAUUAUAUUAAAGAGUAAAUGUCUUUGGUCAAUAGAUAUUUAAAUGAUAAAAAUAUAGGCAGAGAUUUGAAAGUAACAAUAAGGAUGUUUCUUUAAUACAAACUUAAAUCAAAAAAUAUAAUCAGUCUCGAAUAAGAGAAAUACAUUUUAGAUGAGCUUUCGACUCAUUUAAGGGAGAAGCUUAUUACUGAAGAAAACAUGAAUAUCAUGAGGUAGUGUAAGAGUACAUUUUCUAAUUUCUCAGAAGAGUGUCUGUAAAAAUUAGCUCUUAGAGUGAAAUAGGUGAGAGUCUCUAAAAAUGAAAUGAUUUUUGAAGAAGGAUAAUUAGAUGAUGAUCCUCUUUUCUACUUCAUUUAGAGAGGAUCUAUUGAACUUUUUGUUGAAAGUGUUAAGGGUGAUUACAAUUUUACUACUCUUGCAAUAUUAAAUGAAGGCAAAUCUUUAGGAGAGCCAUCUAUUUACAUCGAUUAGAUAAAAACCGUUUCUGCAAAAGCUACUGAAAUGAGCAUUCUUAGAACACUAAGUAGAUCUGAUAUUUUAGAUGUGCUCAGAUUUUUUCCAAAAGAUUAUGAGAAGUUUUGCUUUUUUAGAGAUGAAAUUCAAUUUAAUAAACUUUCAAGUAAGUUUAAUUAGAGUUGCUUUAUAUGUUAAUCAACUUAUCACACGAUUAAUCAAUGCCCUUCUCUACAUUUCACUGCAGAUAAAGAAUAAAUAAUUUUGAGGCAUAUUUAUUCCCAAUAAUAAAUGAGAGAACAUAUAGAAAGAGGAAAAUAGAGAAAGAUGAAUGCUGUCUCAAAUUAAAACCAAAUUUAACAGCUUCGAGAUGCUUUUAUUAGCAGAUAAAGAGAAGAAAUGAUGCUUCUUACAUGGGAUAGUGAAGAGAAUUAAAUGCUUAUGGCCUCAGAAGGAUAAGAUGAAAGCCUUAUCAAUCAAACAAAUCGUUAGUCUUAUCAUACAACUUAUACCCAAAGAGUGAAUAAUAACCCUUACAACAAUUAUAGCUCAGUAAGCAAUCAAAAAUAUAGCAGUAACAAUUUAUUUUUAAAUAGAAGUAAAAAUGCUAAAUCUGGUUUUCAUCCAGACAGAACUAUAAACCACCACAAAGAAGGCGAACUUAUUAGUAGAAGAAGCCGAAAUGAGGCCUAUUCAUCUUCAUCUUCUUCAAAUAAAUCACCUUCUUCUCACUCAUCCCACUCUUCUUCAUUUCUUUCUCAGUCUUUUGUUGUAUUAGGCAGAGAGAAAAAAUCUGUUUUUAAUUAGAAUUAAAACCAAGCAAUUCCAGCAAGUACUAUGCAUACAUUUUAACCCAGCUAACAAACCUUGCAUAGCUCUUAGAGUUCAUAAAAUACAAAUCCUUUAUAAAUAAAAGGAUUAUUUAAAAUGACAGAAACAAUAGAAAACCCUUAAAGAGUAGAUGAAGAAAAAUAGAAGGAUAAUAAAUAGCACAAUCUUGAUAACUAAGAUGAAUCUAAUAAAGUAUCUGAUCAAGUUGGAGAUGAAAGAACAAAUAACAAUUAUUCUAUUCAAUUUAAACGGGCAGAGUCAACUGUAUAAAAAAAUGUCUAAACAAUACCAUCAUUUUCUGUUGUAGGUGGUAGUGGAGGAUAGGAAAAUUAUAAUUUUUAUGGGGCUUAAUAGAAUUUAACUCCUGAAAAGGGAGAUAGAGCGAGAAAUGUAUCAAUUACAAAUACGACUAAAUCAAAUUAAAAGCCUCCUCAAGCACCUUCAUCUGUUCAACCUAGGAACGGAUAAAGAGCUCUCAGCAUAAAAAUGAACAGCAACACAAAUUUACAAGUACAAAAUGGAAACAAUAAUUCAAUAAAUAUAAUUGAGUAUUAUCCUGUAACAAACACCAAUACUCUUGAAGUGCCAAAAAUAUAGCAAAGAAAAGAAAGUUCUGACAAUAAUCGUCUUAACACGUCAUUGUCUCAUAGAUCAAAAUAAAAUGGUGAAAAUGAUUACAAUAAUACAGGAAGAACUAGUUAUCAAAAUAAUUAAAAUCAAAAUAUGGCUUAAGUUUAGUAGAGUGGAAAUUACUAGCUUAACAGUGCAUUUACAUUCAGUAACAAUAACAGUCACAUACAAAAUAAUACAGCAUAUUUUGAUAGCUAGGCUUAUCCCUUCUAAUAAAAAGCAUAAAAAAUACAUUUUGAUAAAAGUUCUGAAAUUCCUUUCUACAAUACAAAUGAAAUAACUGAAGAAAGCUCUACUCUUUCUAAAUAAUCUGUAGGAAUUAACAUAAUCAGAGGAAAUUCAAGAAGAAGAAGUACAAAAAAUCCUUUUAAGAGAUAGAGUCAUUUAAAUUAAUCGUAGUUUUAGUAAUAAUAUUUAUAAAAUUAAAGAAGUAGCACUACUAAUAAUAUCAGCGAUGACAAUUCUUAAAUUAAUAAAAACAUAAAACUCUUAAUAAGUCUGCUAUAAGAAAAAAGCCCAAACAAAAAUAUACCUCCAAUAGAAGGAAUUUCUCAUAAAAUCAGCAACUCUCCAAUUCCUAGAAAAAAUACUUCCAUUACUUAACCUUAAUCAAGUCUAUCUCAAUCCCAUUCAAAGUAAUAAAACUUUUCUACUUUCUACUAAAAUUAUUUAAAUUAAUUUAAUGGUAAUAACUAAGUUCCUCCACCAAUAGGUGGAUUAUAAAAUUAAUUUUCAUAGUAAUCCCUACACUACCAAGAUAAUUAAGUCAUAUUAAAUGGGAUAUAACCUUAAUAGUUUUUAAAGAGAAGAAAGAAUAUUGAUGAUAUGAUGAUGAAUUAUAUAAUCCAAUAAAAUGAAGGUGCACAACCUAACCAAUAGCCAAAUUUACAGCUUAUAAAAAAUAUUAAUUCAACUAUUACAAAAGAUUUUAAAACUCUGAAUAGUGGAAUCCAUACCUCUGGAGUUUUAAAUUAGCCCACAUCUCCAAUAAAUCAUAAGCAAUUCUAAAAAAAUAUAGUUAUACAAAGACAAUUAGAUUAACAAUUCUCAUAAAAGCUAGCUAAAUUUUAUACUGGAAAUGAUCUCGUUAGCAAUCAAAACAAUGAUAAAAAAACAGAAAAAUAGAAAUAUGAAGAAUUUAUAUAAAAAGAUGUACUUUAAGACCAAAUUAAAGAAUUCACAUAUUACUAUCCAGAACAUAACUUGAGCUAAAUUAUUUAAAACUUAAAGACCUUAAAAGUUAGUUUCUGUAGUGCAUUUGGAAAAUACACUAUUUAUAACUACAAAAACUACUAAAUCUAUCCCUAUAAACAGCAAAACAUUUAUUAAAAAGACUAGCUUAAAUCAUAUCAAAAUGAAAUGUGA